UUUGAGGACAGGAGUGUUGGAGCUUGCUCUUUAUGGGAUCUAGCAUUUAUCUCCUGCGAUGCUCACAUUCUCCAUCCUUUUACUGGGGGUGCUCCUUGUGACGGGACGGAAAAUGAAUCGAUGCAAGAUGCUCGUGGUUCCAUCCAGCCAACUGUAUCCUACUGUGAUAGUCCCACUUGGAAAAAAUGCCACCAUCAAGUGUAAUGACACGUUCAGCGCAAAGCUUCCUGUCUCUUUAGUAAAAAAUGGAAAAAAGAUUGAGACUCCCAAGGGUGGCUUUAGAAGUCAUAUAUUUUCCAUUGCUAAUGUGAGCCAAGAACAUGGAGGGUUGUACAAAUGUUUCUGUGGUCCAGAAGCAUAUCGGGAUGCAUAUGGUCGGGAUGAAGCUGUGGAACACCUGAUAAGAAUUCCCUACUUACCCAGACCAAGAGUCUCAUUUGGGUCUGUUGAAGUUGGCAUUGGAAAAGACUUCACUAUUCAUUGCAGAGUCCAAGGAGAAGCUAGCAAGUUUUAUUUCCAAAAGGAUGGGAAACAGAUACCUCACCAACAUCCAUUCGAGAUUAAGAUAACCAUCCAAAGAGCAAGGAAGGAGCAUGCAGGGAAUUACAGCUGCAGUUAUUCCUUGCCAUUUCUUAUGUCAGAACCCAGUGACCCUGAGGAGCUAACAACAGAUACUCAGAUACCAAGACCUACCACCUCCAGCAACUCAGAUGAGGAAAGCAGACUCACCAUACCCAUAGCCAUAGGUGUAUGUGCAACUCUGCUCUUCCUAUUCCUGCUACUUUUUCUUGGUUGGUACAAAAGAAGAAGAGAUGCACUGUUGGAAGCAACAGAAACAAGUGGGGAAAGGUCCUUCAGAGUUUUGCGGGCUCACUGGAGAGCAAAACCUACUGGCACCUCAACAGCUGGAGAAGGGCACAUGGAGAAGCAACCUCCAAAGGAUGACUCUUUUACCCAGCCAAAAGACAUCAUCUAUGCCGAAUUGAGAAAAACCUCCUCAGACAGUCAGGAGGAAGCUGAACCAGAUAAUGAUGUUGUCUAUACCACAGUUAUUGUACAUUAAAUCUGCAAAUUUGGGGGGGGGGCAAGAUUUGCAUGUCUUUUAAAUGGUUUCUUAUCAUAAUGCUUAGGAGUGCUGAAUAAGUUUUGGAUUCAUGGCUCUCUGAACGCAAUGGACUUACCCAUCAAAUGAACUGCAUGUCUUUCUACUUCUCUUCCUGGCUUUGGGAUGUGGUUGUAGUCAGUCUAUUUUUCUGGAAUGCACCUUUGGGUGGGUGAGGGAGAGAUUUUAUAUUGAAAGUCUCACUGCAGGUUUCUCACCUUGAAUGUGAGUCUUGAUUUCUCUUUGCUUAACUACUGAAAUUAAGGCAGGAAUGCCAGCAAAAUUUGUGCCAGUUUACCCCUCACAGCUGCCCAAUGUCCAUGCAUCAGAGAGGCUCCCACCUUUAUGUUUAAUUUUUUAAAAAGUGGCAGUUAUAACAUUUAUAUGCUACCUUAUUUUCCAAAACAAGGGAUCAUGUAGAUGUUCAAAAGUGCUUUGAUUUCUGUGCCAUUCCUUGUCAGCUUUUGCUAUAGGCAGGUAUAGCUAUUUGCUCUUGUGUAGGGGAACGGAGAUUAUCAUAGCAAAAUACAUGUGUAUUAACCCAAUGGAUCUCUCUCUCUC